AUGGCUUCGUCGUCGGAUCCAAGCUCAGCUUCUACCGGUAUGCCAAGUAUCAAGGCCGUACUCUUCGAUUUGGAUGGGACUCUGCUGGACACAGAAGCACUCUCUGACAGAGCCAACAUCAAGAAUUUCGAAGGGUUAUUGCCACCCACGGUUGAAGAGGAGCUUGCCAAGAGUGGAAGGAAAUUGCCGUGGGAAUGCAAAAAGCAAAUACUGGGGUUGCGUGCUUCUUCAUGGGUCCCAAUAAUGCAAUCAUAUGCCAAAGAAGCUUGGGGUGUUACCUCACCGCUUUCUGUGGAAGAAUUUGGUCUUAGCUGGGAAUCCAAUUUGAGCAGCUUCUGUGAAGAUAUUGUAGCGUGUGAAGGAGCCAGAGACCUGGUCGAAACAUUUGCAAAAGCUGGAUUGCCCAUGGCAAUAGCAACGUCCAGUCGAAAGGCAGCUGUAGACAAGAAACGAAAGAGACACGAGGAUAUCUUCAAGCACAUGGCCACCAUUGUCUGUGGUGACGACCCAGAGCUAGAGAAUGGGAAGCCAGCUCCUGAUAUUUACCUUCUGGCAGCAAACAGGCUUGGAGUGAACCCAAAGAAUUGUUUGGUUUUUGAAGACGCAAUGAGUGGCGUGAAGAGUGGUAAAGCGGCAGGUUGCAUGGUUGUCGCAGUUCCAGAUCCGAGGUUCUCACAGGCUGAGAAAGCAGAAUUUGCAGCAAUAGCAGAUGAAGUUCUCACUGGCUUGGGAGACUUUGACAGCGCAAUGUUUGGCAUCAACUAA